CGGUGAUGAGUGUGUUGCUGAUGCUAAUGGUGUGCGCGGCGCUGACGAAGCUAACGGCGUGUUCCCGCGGCGGGGAGGCGCGCGUCCGACUCAACUCCAUCCGGACGGAGAUCCUGAGGGGGGGGCAGGCGCUGCCGGGGAACCGGAGCGCCUGGGAGCCGGGCCUGGACCUGACGCUGUACCAGUGCAUGAGCGACCUGGAGUGCAGCGAGGGGAGCUACUGCCACGCCGCCACCAAAGGCCCCGCCCACUCCCGCUGCCAGACCUGCCGCCGCAGGAGGAGGCGGUGCCAUAGGGACGGCAUGUGUUGCCCGGGCAACCGCUGCAGUGAAAAAAUGAGCUUCUGUAGGUACCGACCAAUCAGAGCGUUCCCCACAGAGCUCCUCCCGCUUUGCCUGUCGCCUAGCAACAGCACAUUCAGGGCCAGCAUCCUCGGCUCGCCGUCCCCGACGAGAGGUUGUUGCCACGGCGACUGUGUUCCGUCCCAGGACACGACGGAGCUGAAAAAAGUGGCGAACUACAAGGACUACUCCAUGGAGUCCAGACUGCACUUCAGGAUCCACGCCGCCCUCAGCAGCCUUAAAGAAUCCCCCGGUGGCACCCCAUAA